AUGAAACUCCACCGCCUCACCUCCUUGGAUGGCUACUGCGAAGAUCGGCUGUAUAUCCCGCAAGACGUGGAUGCGCUACUGGAGAGUCUGCCCCCGCCGGAGGAGCGAAAGGAGGUUUGCAUCAAGAUUGAACAGGAAAAUAAGAACAUUCUUCGUUUGGAGGCGCUCGCGCUGAAAAAAGUGCAGUCCUGCCCGCAGGUGGUUCGGUUUAUUAGCAACGGGUGUGUGGAUGGGAUGAACUAUUUAGUUAUGGAGAAGUUAGGGCCGAACCUAACCGAGCUACGGCGGCGAAGCCCGCAUGGCACUUUUAACAUCUACACCACGCUUAAGUCGGGAAUUUCGUGUCUGAUGGCCAUCCGCGGCGUGCAUGAGCAGGGGCUCGUGCAUCGCGAUAUCAAACCCUCCAAUUUCGUUACGGGGCUGCCGGGAUCGCCGGAUCGGGCGACCUGCUACCUCAUCGACUUCGGCCUCGCCCGGCGCUACCGCCGUUCGAAUGGGGAGCUGCGGCCCUCGCGGAAAAACGCGGGGUUUCGCGGGACGAGUCGCUACGCCUCCGUGGCGUCGCAUCAACGCCUGGAGCUCGGCCGCGUGGAUGAUCUCUGGAGUUUGCUUUUUAUGCUGGUGGAGUUCGCGACGGGAACCCUGCCGUGGCGGAAGUACAAGGAUAAGGAGGAUAUUGGGCGGUGCAAGGAGGAAUCCAUCACACCCCAGCUGGUGCGCAAUCUCCCGCGCGAGUUCCAAGCCUUUUUAGCCCACCUUCAAUCCUUAGUUUACGAGGACGAGCCCGAUUACGAUUUCUUGCUUUCCCUCAUGUACCGCGCCCUCGCGCGGCGGGGGUAUCCGCCGAAUAAACCGGUGGACUGGGAGCUCGACCCCGUCACGAUCGAACAGGUCGCCGAGGCCGAAAUUCGCAUGUCGCUUCACAAGCGGAUCGACGGCAAUAAACUUCACGCGGAGAAGCGCGGCCAGAACGGCGGGGAAGGCCGUGGCGAGAUCCCGAACGCGGAGGCGAAUGAGGGGAACAUCCGACCCCCUUUGCGGUGUCCGGCCCCGCUGCAGCCCGGCGAGGUUGUCGCGAGCCCCUCGGCGGAGCUCGUCGGCACCGGGAUGGGGGAUGUCAUCCGGGGUAAACCGGCCUCGUCGAUCACGGGAAAGCCCCCUUCCCUGGAGGAGGCCAUGGUCAUGGGCAACGGCAUCCACAUCAGCGAGGUGGAGCUUCGCUACCAUCAGAACGGGAGAGGUGAGGAGGAGCAUAAUGUCGACGCCGCCGCGGUCUCAUCCACGCCUGGUGCUCUCGCCCAGAGCCUGCGGGAGGCCGGCGGGGUGGCUUGGCAGGAAAAGAUGCCUGAGUGCGUCCCUGCCGCCAACCUCAAGGAUGCCGCGACGGCGCGACGAGACGAGGCGGGGGGGGUUGGGAAGGAGACGACGCCGCUGUGGGGAAAGGAGAGCCCCGGGGGCUCUUUGAAUGUGGAUGGAGAUGUGGAUCCCAACGACUUUUCAUCUCGGGAGUGUAGCGCAGGGUCCAAUAAGCAUCCGAUUUUAGGGAAAAAGGGACGACGUAAAGGUAUUGAAAAGGCCGGCGACAGUCUGCCCAAGAGCUUGUUUAAAGAGAUUGACCAUCAGGGCGGUGUCUCGCACUCGGUACUAGCACUAGAUUUGCCACCCCCUAGAAAGGUGCAUAUAGACGCGAUCCAACAAACCCUCCCUGAUACGAACAACACGAGCUCGUCGAGGCCCUUGAAUGACGAAUCAGGGCUGAAAAAGAAGGUUAAAAAGAACUGCGAUUGUAACAUCAUGUAG